ACAACAUUCCUCUCACCACGCCUAUAUAAACGAAUCCAGAGACUCCAAACUCUGUCUGCUUUGCAAAUGGAAGAAAAGAAGGGUUUCUGGACGGUAGAGGAAGACAAGAUUCUCAUAGACUACAUAAAGGUUCAUGGAAAAGGGCGGUGGAAUCGUGUAGCUAAGAUGACAGGUUUAAAGAGGUGCGGGAAGAGUUGCAGGUUAAGGUGGAUGAAUUAUCUGAGACCCGACGUGAAAAGAGGCGAAUUCACUGAGGAAGAAGACGACCUUAUCAUUCGACUCCAUAAGCUCCUUGGCAAUAGGUGGUCACUAAUCGCGGGCCGAGUACCAGGCCGAACUGACAAUCAAGUGAAGAACCACUGGAACACUCAUUUGAGCAAGAAGCUCGGCAUCAGAAAGGAAAAGAACAAGGUUGUUGACGUUUCCUCAUCAUUGACGCUGUUCGAAAAAGGCAAUGUUGAAGCCGGGGAAUCUCUCCAUCUCUCCACUCAUACGAAUUUAUCUAACCUUCCAAUUUGCGACGAAGAUAAUUCUAAGGCCGUGGGAUCCGCAGUGAAUAAUAUUGAAGCCUCUGCCUCUGGAAACAGUCUUGAAGCCCUGGACCUGGAGACACAAGACCCGGCGAUGAGUGAAUGUUAUGAGAAUUCAUUCUGGUCUCUUAGUGACGAUUUAGACAUUAAUACUCCAAGUUUAAUAGAGAUUCCUGAUGGGAAUUCCCUUGAUGUUGUUUGGCGUGGAUUGUAACACCCCCA